AUGCUUGUAGUGCUCUUCUUAACUAUCCUGUUACUUCCUUCAAUCCAUGGUAUCCAAUGUAGUAGUAACAGCAGUCUUGAGUGUAAGCGCUACUGUUACCAGAAUGUAAAGUAAGUUUUACAUAUCGGUUUUAACACCAUUUCAUACUUUCUCCAAUUUUUAUCACAGUGUACCGUAGUUAUUUUACAGUAUAUUGAAGUUCCUAAAUUUCUAAACGUCAAUUUACUGUUAUACUUUUACUUUUAUACCUAUUCUACUACAUCAAUAGUUUACAAUGUCAUAACAUUUUUUCAGUGACGGUACAACCGGUUGUCUCGAAGAUCUAGAAGUGCUGCCUCCUGACUUCACGUGCCCAUUUGGUACUCAUACGUACUGUUAUGCUACCACAUCCUCCGAAUGGUACGAGGACAACAACAUACUGUAUGCUUGCAACAGCACCGACUGUCUAAAGGAUGCAAAAUCAAAGUUUCCAAUUCCAAAAAUGCGGUACGACUUCUAUAGUAUGGCAAUCUUUUACAUUUGUGGUACACUUAGUCUACUGCUGGUCACUAUAUUGGGGGUAGGUUAUGUUGAUUAUAUGUAUUUCAAUUUCAACUGGCCACGCUUUUACUUUACUUUCGGUGAACUUCACAAGUAAAGUAAAAAUGCUCAAUUUUACAGUAAAUAAUAACUUUUAACGGGGCCGAUAUAGAACAAGCACCUCCUAAACAUUAGGCACCGAAUAUAAGAAACAAGCACCGCUUUUAUAAAAAUGAAAAAAUUGGUAAUUCACUGGGAAAAACAUAAAAAUGAAAGGUAAAAUAAGAAAAUGAAUAGCGGUGCUUGUUCCCAAUAAUUUUCACCGGUGCCUAAUGUUUAUGAGUUCGGUGCUUCAACUAUAUCAGGGCCCUUUUAACUUUUUGAUCACUGACAGGACAGAUAUAUAUUGUUUUAGGUAUUCCCAUUGUCGUAUCGGUUAUACGCAAAAAGAAAAAACCAAAAACUGACCGAAUCUGGCCUGAAUCCUGAAUUGGACCCAGAAUUAUUCAAAAACAUAUGGCCACAGAGUAUUACUGUAAGUUGGAACCGUUAAACUACAUAAAAAAGUAAACUGACCAAAGCUAUUUCCCAAAUUUUAAACCUUUUUAAAUUAAAAAGCCUGAUACUAAAAAAGCAACCUCAAAAUUUGACAGUGUAGACUAUCUUAUAGUAGCCAAAAUAAAAUUAUAAGCAAUAUCCAAAAAAUUCAGAAACACAAAGACACGGUAGCUACAGGACUAAUACCACUAGAAGAGACAGACGACGCUUUGAAGGAAAUCGAAAAGUACCAAAAGAUGGACAGAACCAAAUCAGAUCAUGUACCUGACCCGGACCUCAAGAUAACAUUCGAGAGACAUUACGUCUACAAGAAGGGCGGCCACAAAAUGGUCACGGUAAAUUAUUGAUCUUACGUUCUCUUUUCGCAACUUGAUUCCAUUUUCAGCUAAAACCUAAUCAAGUUAGCCAAAAUAUAAUAAUUUUCGUCGAUUUUCGAUAAAUUGUCGUAUAUUGUUGUAGACCAUACCGUAUACAUACCUAAAAUUCUUAAUCUUUCAGUUUGCACGCCAAAUGCCGUCAAAGUACGAGACGCUGUUGUUCCAAAUGCUCGAACAUGGCCCAGGAUCUUUCGCUUUGGAUGCGAUUGAGAUCAACGAAGUCCUCGACCUAGCCCACAAUAUGUUUUCGGCCGAAGCUAGUCUAGUCGAGAUCAACGCUCCAUGUAUUGUGAUUGGGGAACUCGAUGCAUCGUGAGUUGUACAUUGAGUUUAAGCUAAAAAAAUAAAUUCGUAGAUAUUAAGUUAGAGAUAGCGGCGAAAAACGGCCUAAUUUAGUCAAAACUUCAGCUAGAUGGUUUUUCAGCCCACUCCUAUUAAAACUGAAAUCACUUUCAUCUAACUCUAAAAAUUUCAGAUACCCAGACAUCUUCCGAUGGCUGCAAGUCCUCGGAUUCCCCGGCCAGAAGAAACUCAUCUUCGCCGGAGGCGUCUUCGAUUCUACAGCAGCUGGAGCAAUCGAAACGCUGGCCCUAGUAGCAGCCUUGAAGGUAGCUCUGCCUUUUGAUGUGUUUGUCAUAAAAGGUGCCAAAGAAAUGGUCGAUUACCACUUUCCCAGCAGAUUCGGACGAAACGUUUCCAAUGGCCUGGGCGUUGCCGUAAAUCGAAUGUUCUCUCAACUUCCACUGGCCGUUCUAGUUGAGAAGAAGAUAUUGGUUGUGCACAGUGGUAUCAGUACAAAGGUAACGUCUUAUUACAGUUUUUUCGACAAAAAAAGCCUUGUAAACGUCGAAAAUGUUAUUUUUAAAUUAAUUUGUUACCUAAAAGAUCAAAAAUAUAAAGAAAACCUUAAACAUUUAUGUAAAAAAAUUUAAAAUUCUUCUUUUAGUCUAAAUUUUAAUUGAAAAAUCAUAAUUUGUUACCUGAAAAUCAAAACUUUGACCUAAACUUUCAAAAUAUUACCUAAAAUCGCAAAAUGUUACUUAAAAAUCGACCAUAACUUCAGAUGAGGAAACUAGAGACCAUCAUCAAUAUUCGUCGCCCAAUCACCAUUUCAAACCUUCCUGACCUUGCUCAAGACCUCAUCUACAGCAUCCCGACGCUUGAUUCUCCCGGACGACGCAGCUUCACUGAAGACACGGUGUAUCAAGUGUGUGAAGACCUGAACCUCGAACUGAUAAUCAGAGCUCGAGGCCGAAGCGCAGAAGGCCACUUCACGUUUGCUAACCAACGAAUGUUGUCCAUCUUCUCCAAGACCAGCAUGAACGAGCACGAGAAGGGCUGUGCUGUGACAAUCGAACCAAAGGGCAUCGUGCGGCUACACACCAUCGAAGACGACUCACAACUAUCUCCUUCUCCAUCAUCUUCGGAACCUACUAGUUCCAGUGCCCCAACUUGA